AUGGUCACUAGCAAGGACAUCCAUGACACUUUUCACUCCACUCAUGGAAUUUUUCAGAUAAGACCUUUCAAGUGCUGCCUAAAUAAGGAAGAAGCCAUGAGGAGGUUAUGCUUUCCACAAGACAAGAGUGAGACAGGCAUUCAGCAAGUCCUGAGCUCAAGCUGUUUUAGUUAUUGCACUUUGGCAUUUUUUCUUACAGAACAAAAAACAAGAAUGCCCUUUCAGGAACCUAGUGAAAAUGAAAGUGAAGUGGAGGAGGAAGAUGACUAUGAUGAAAAGGUGUUUCUUAAGCCCAUUGUUGAAGACAGAAACAUGGAACUAGCUAGAAGGUGUACUGAAAUAAUAAGUGACAUCCACUAUAAAGAAGAGUAUAAAAAAUCCAAAGGCAAGUGCACAUUUGUGCCUGACACUCCUCAGCUAACACAUGUGAAAAAUUUCUCUGCCUUUAUUUCUGAGGUAAAAUACAAAGAAAAUGCAAAGAGAGAACUAUCUAAUUCGCUUUACAAGCAGAUGCCAGCUACAAUUGACAGUGUGUUUGCAAAGCAAGUUAUGCAGCUUCAGAGCAAGGUUCUCUACAAGCAGAAACAUGACACUGAAAAGGGAGCAUCAAGUUAUGCACAUAUGAAAGAACCUCCAGAUGUAAAGCAUGCCAUGGAAGUUAGUAAACACCAAAGUAAUGUUUCAUAUAAGAAGGAUCUGCACGAUAGUCAUAGAUACACUGAAGUUCGAGAUAGACCAGAUGUAAUGAAGGCAACCCAGUUAACAAAAAUAAUAAGCAAUGCUGAAUAUUCAAAAGGAAGACGAGAAAUGAGUAAGGAGCCAGCUGUCCUUGGAAGGCUAGACUUCAACCAUGCUAAAGAAGUUUCAAAACUUUUAAGCCAAGUUAAAUACAAAGAGAAAUAUAUUAAAGAUCUGAAGAAUUAUCACUUUAAUCCUCUUGAAAGUGCUUCUUUCAAGCAAGCCCAAGUUGCAUCUGUCUUGGCAAGUGAAGUGAAAUACAAAAAAGACCUGGAAAGCCUCCAUGAACCAACAUCUGCCCUUCCAAACCUAUUAAAUUUAGAGCAUGCUUUGAGUGCCAGCAAAAUCCAUAGUAAUUAUGAAUAUAAGAAACUAUUUGAGAAAACUAAGGGGUCGUAUCAUUUUGCAGCUGAUACAGCUGAACACCUGCACCACAAAGAAAAUGCAGUGCUCCAAAGCCAGGUUAAGUAUAAGGAGAAGUAUGAAAAAUCGAAAGGCAAGUCUAUGCUAGAAUUUGCAGAUACACCAGCAUACCGAAUUUCAAAGGAGGCUCAAAGGUUUCAAAGUGAGAAAGAGUAUAGAAAAGAUUUGGAAGAAGUGAUGAAAGGAAGAGGACUGACAGUGUUUGAAGAUACGCCAGAUUUGAUUAGAGUGAAAAAUGCAGCUCAGAUACUAAAUGAGAAGGAGUAUAGAAAAGAUCUGGAAAAUGAAAUAAAGGGGAAAGGAGUGAAGUUCAUUUCAGAAAUUCCUGAUAUUAAAAGAGCAAAAAGGGUGUCUGAAAUCAUUAGUGAGAAAGAAUAUAAAAAGGACCUGGAGACUGAAAUUAUAGGGAAAGGAAUGCGGGUUGGCACAGAUACACCUGAAAUACAGCGAGCCAAGAGAGCAUCUGAAAUUGCAAGCCAGAAAGAAUAUAAAAAAGACCUGGAGACUGAAAUUAAAGGAAAAGGAAUGCAGGUUGGUGCAGAUACACCUGAAAUACAGCGAGCCAAGAGAGCAUCUGAAAUUGCGAGCCAGAAAGAAUAUAUGAAGGACCUGGAGACUGAAAUCAAAGGGAAAGGAAUGCAAGUGGGCACAGAUAUCCCAGAGAUACAGCGAGCAAAGAAAGCUUCUGAAAUAGCCAGCCAGAAAAAGUACAAAGAUGAAGCAGAGAAGAUGCUGUGUACCUAUUCUACAGUGGCUGAUACUCCUGAAAUUGAGAGAAUUAAAAAUACUCAGAGAAAUAUUAGUUCUGUGUUUUACAAAAAGGGUGUAGGUGCUGGCACAGCAGUAAAAGAUACACCAGAAAUGGAACGGGUAAAGAAAAACCAGCAAAAUAUCAGUGCAGCUUGUUAUAAAGGGCAGCCUGGUAAAGCCACUCCUGUGAGUGUCACUCUUGAAAUGGAGCGAGUCAAGAAGAAUCAGGAGAUUAUCAGCUCGGUCAAAUACAGCAGAGAUCAGCAGCAGAUGAAAGGUAGACCUAGCAUGAUUCUAGACACACCUGAGCUAAGGCAUGUCAAAGAAACUCAAAACAACAUCUCAAUGAUCAAAUACCAUGAAGAUUUUGAGAAGACAAAAGGCAGAGGUUUCACUCCGGUAGUGGAUGAUCCUGUGACAGAACGAGUGAGAAGAAAUACCCAGGUGGUUAGUGAUGCUGCAUAUAAAGGGGUCCAUCCACACAUAGUUGAAAUGGACAGGAGACCUGGAAUAAUUGUGGACCUCAAAGUUUGGCGCACAGAUCCUGGCUCCAUCUUCGACAUUGACCCCUUGGAAGAUAAUAUUCAGUCUAGGAGUCUGCAUAUGAUUUCGGAAAAAGCAAGACGUUAUAGUAAACAACAUUUCUAUUCAAUGAAUCUUUCUGGCAUUGGGGAUGACAAGUCAGAUGGUUCUAUAUUUUCUUAUUCCAGUGAGGUAACAAGGCCAUCGAAUGAAGGAGCCCCUGUGCUUCCUGGGGCAUAUCAACAAAGCCAGCCCCAAGGAUAUGGUUACAUGCACCAAACUAGUGUGUCAUCCAUGAGAUCGAUGCAUUCACAGCCACAUUCAGUUAGCUUGAGAACAUACAGAGCGAUGUAUGAUUAUAGUGCCCAAGAUGAAGAUGAAGUUUCCUUCAGGGAUGGCGAUUACAUCAUCAAUGUGCAACCCAUUGAUGAUGGGUGGAUGUAUGGUACUGUUCAGAGAACUGGGAAAACUGGAAUGCUUCCAGCAAAUUACAUUGAGUUUGUUAAUUAAUACUCACCAUUAGUCCUUCUGAGCUUUAUUUUGAUUAAUCUUUACAAAAGUACUUUUAAGGCAUCUUAAUUACUUCCCUGUUAAUGUAACCAUCUGUGACAUAUGCUGAAGUCAACACAGGUUCUCUAAGAAAUCAAGAAGCACUGAGCUCCAAUACCACGCCGCUUAAUAUGUAUCUAUAAAAACAAACCAUCAGUGGAAACCUGGUGCUUCUAAUCAUGUAAAGGUUUCUAUCAAUUAGCACCUAAAUAAAAUUCUUCCUUUUACAGUAGGCUCUAUUUCUCUUUUAAGUAACCACAGAGCAGCUGGUGUUUUUAAUAUGUGUGAUUUUGAAAUCGUAAGAGGCUAUAGCUUGCUGUUAAGGGUCAAGACAUUAAAAGCCCAAAUGAUCUGGACCACUCAAAUAUUUUUGUCACGAUGAAUGACAUGCUCAAAAGUUGAUUACUACUGCCUGGCAGCCUUAAACAAAAUGUAUCUUGUUCUUAAUGGUGAAAGUUUCUUGACACACAUUUGUCAGUCUGAGUCUGCUUUGUUCUUUCUUGAAGCUUUCAUUUGCUCUCAUCCAUACUUUCAACUCAUGUCAGUUUUCCCAAACUACCAGUUGUGAAUGAUCUCUGAGUUAUGGCAUAGCUGUGCCUUUUUGCACAGCUAGAGACAAUUUUAGAAUGCAUUUGUUAAUUCCUACCUUUUCUAUUUUGUUAAUUCCAAACCUUUUCUAUUUCUCCUUGUAUUAACAGUGUUUAUAUAGAAAUGCCUGUCUUCAAAGCACUUUACAAAUAUUCUCAAUCUCUUCUCUUUCCUUUUGUCAAGAGUCUGUCUUGGGAAUCUAACAGUACAGAGCUUUAUGAAAGCAAAUGGCCAUACCCUUUACCUUUAAAAGUGUAAUGGAAUGGUGUUAGGGUUACAUCAUGAAUCAGGGCUUGGAUUUGGGACCUAUGUGGCAAGCACUGUGAGGCUUUUAGAGGCUAAAUUGAAGAACAUCAACUAGAUAUUUUUGCAGGAAAAUAUUGGUGAAUUUUCAGGCUUGUGAAUCUAAAUCAUGGAAUUUUUCAAUAAUGGAAGCAUGAGAAACUUCCAUUGAGUAACUUUGUCUUCACAACUGAGAAACUUUGUCUUCACAAAAAGGUGGACAAUAGAAAAAUAUUUUGUACUCGAGCAUUAUCAAAACUUAAUAUCCAUUGGCCUAAUACCAUUAAUUUACUUUAUCACAGAAGUUUGAAUUGAUAUUAAUGGAAUAACAAAAGUAUUUUACGAAGUUAUUAAACCUUUUGAAAUCUGGUAUCACAUUAUGGUUAAAAGAAAGAGCUACAAAUCAGGAAGUUUUUGUUUAAAAUCUUGCUUCUGCUGUGAAUUCGCUCAGCAUCAACUCUCUCAUUUGUGUCUGGGGAUAAUAUUGACCUACCUUAACAGGGCUAUUGCAAAUUGAUACAAUAACUCUGAGCUACCUUACAGGGCUCUUGUUACAUGUAAAUGAAACACUUAAAAUCGCAAUUCUAAACUGCUAUAUAAAUACCAAGUAUUACUAUUAAUCCACCUUAUCUUCUGUUUAACUAUAUAAAAGAGCAGAAGCCUGGAAAAUGCUUUGAUUAAAGAUAAUACUGAGUUUAGGUUUCAGAAUUUAUCUCCACAUCUAACACAGUUCUUCAAUCCUAUGUAAGCAGUAAAUAGAAACUGACUUGCUGAAAUACAUCCUAAUUGUUUAUGCAAAAAUUUCAGUAUGAAUGUCAAUUACUUAUGUUCUACAUUUAUACUAUCCAAAGUAUUAUGAAAAAGGGGAAAUGUGGAAAGAAUCUAUUUUUCUAUGUACUUGGCUCAGAUAUUAUGAUGUUGAAUAUUACAAGUAUUUAUCAUCAUUUAUCUCAUUUUCCCCUAUCCAUAUGAAACCAGGAUUUAUUUAUUUUUUAAAGUUAAGGUUAGAUGGGGAAAUGAAACCCCAAGCAAAGUUCUUGAUAGAUUGAUAUGCAGUUACACGCAUGCACAUACGCAGGCAGGUGUCCAAGGGCUAGAAUGUAUCUUGCUGAUAGUAUGAAUCUCUGAAUUCAGGGGGACAUGGGCCCAUCUUUUGUACUGAAGGAGUGCUACAUCCAUUGCACUUAUUUUACUUUUUAUUAUCUAAAAGAAUUGUAUUUAAACUGCUUUUAGAGAGUCAUGUUCUUGAAAGAGCAAUUAUUCUUUUAGUCGAUAAGGUUAGCGUGAUGUUUUGGGUACAUUAAAAGCCCCUUGGAAGGGCAAUUGUGAUUAGGGCUUGCAGGAAGUUCUUCAUUUAUGUUAUUUAAUAGAAGGAAAACAAGUCCCUGGCCCACAGGAAGGUAGCGGUUUUCUAUCUCCUCUUUUUCAUUCAGGGCACUAUAAUAGCAGGGUGAGGAAAUCAAGUCAGGUAUUAGUAAAAGUGACUCAAGGCUGAUUCGGAUGUUCACAAAAUGAGGUGGAACAGCCUUGUCCAUGGACCACUUCCAUUUAUUUGUGGGUAGUUGCCACCCUCCCUCCAGUCAUGGCAUGGGAUCAAGAUUUGUGAUUAUUGUUAAGAAUACUAUGUACAACUUUUCAACAAAACAAGUUCACAAAGCAGUUUACAUAGCAAAAUAAAUGAGAAGAUGAUUCCUUGUCCCAAAGAGGCAUAUAAUCUAAAAAGAAACACAAGGGAAACACAAACAACAAACACUGGACAAGAUGCUGUGCUGACAUUAAUUGGGAGAGUUGCUAUCCCUCUGUUAAAUAUAAUAAGAGACCCACCAGUUUAAAAGGUGCCUUUUUGCCCAAUAAGCAAAACUUGUUAUGAAAAGGAGGCUUAAACUGGAUUUACAAAAGCAUGUUUUACCACUGCAUUAUGUCAAGAUUUGGUUUGGCCUUCAGUGUGAAUGACACAUCCAUUUAAAAUAUUCUUUGUUGGAAAUGAGUAAUUUCCUUGUAGCUCAUGUUGGUUUUUUCUUGUAAAUAAGCUGAACGAUUUCUUUCAAAACCAGAAAGUAGCUCUGCUUAUUUCUGACCAUGCCCAAAGGAUAUUGGAUUCAUACUGUUCUUCAGAAAGAAAAAAGUGGUCUGGAAUUCAGAAUUGUUAUGGGAAAGAAAUCAAGUCAUGUGAUUGAUCUGAUAAUGCUCAAUCCUAAGACUUGUUGGUAAAGAGCUAAAGUAAAAGUGUGCCAUCGAGUUGGUGUCAGCUCCUGGUGACCACAGAGCCCUGUGGUUGUCUGGUAGAAUACAGGAGAAGUUUACCAUUGCCAUCUCCCGCACAGUAUGAGAUUAUGCCUUUCCGCAUUUUCCUAUAUUGCUGCUGCCCGAUAUAGGUGUUUUCCAUAGUUUGUGAAACAUACCAGUGGGGAUUCAAACCAGCAAACUCUGGCUUGCUAAUCAAGUCAUUUCCCUGCUGUGCCAUUAGGGGAGCUACUUUACAUAUAAUUAAUGCAUGCUCUGCAUAGAAAAAACUUCCAUGGAGGAAAAAGCAUGAAAGCAAAUGUGAUAAACUGGCACACUCUCCUCUUUCACUGCAGUGAUGACCUAUGUGUGGGUUUGACAAUGCAGUAGUCAUCCAUUCAAGUUUAUUAAACAGUCAGAGUGACCUAUUAUUUUCACAAUGCAGUAACAUUGGUUAUAGUUAUUGCCCAAUAUAGGUGUUUCCCAUAGUCUGGGAAACAUACCAGUAGGGAUUCAAACUGGCACACCACCAGUAUACCAUAUAAGACAUAGGAAAUGUUAAUGUUGAUUUCAUCCCCCCACCCCCUACUACAGGGGUUCUUAAAUUUGGGUCUCCAGUUGUUUGGCCAUUAUGUCUGGGAAUUAUGGGAGCUGAAGUCCAACAACAUCUGGGCACCCAAGUUUGAGAACCCCUGCCCUACUAACAUAGCAGCAGUUUUGCCCAUCAGGAAAAUGGAAAUAUCUACUGUGUACCAUAUGCAGAAUAGAAGGGUAAGUAGAGAGCUUGAAGGAUCUUUUAAUUCUAAUACAUAGAGAUACAGCUACUGUUGUGAAUCAAAAUAUAUUCAAGCUUGUCAAUCCAUAAAUAUUUCAUUUUUGUGAAGAGUAAAUUGGCAUAUCUCAGCUGUUUAUUUACAUAGCUUGUGUUUUUUAAAAACAAAUUGUAAUUUACUGUUACUGUACUUAAUUUUGGCUUGGAUUUUUUAAAAGUAUGCUAAUGUUGUCAUGUUGUAAAUAUAUUUAAUAGGCAGUGUGUUGAAUGUGUUAAGAGUCUUUCAAUUAGUUCCCAUAAAAUCUUGCCUAAGCCACUAUGUGCAACCAGGGAUUUGAAUGUAUUUGUCAGCAUAGGAAGCAAAGUAAUGCCCAACAGAGGAAUGCUAAAGAAAGGGAGAAACCCCCUCCCUGUUCUUCUGCAUCACCUCUGGUCUCUGCAUUAUUAAAAUGGAUGUCUUCAAAGGGCUGCUUUGUAUAAAGAGAUUUUUGUACUGAGAUGUGAUUCCCACGUACAAAGACAGGUCAUGAAUGGUACAUACAUGUAUCUGGCAUGCUAGUGCAUUUAAAUUAACACAAGCAGUGAUAAUGGAAGGAUUGGUCCCCUUCUCCCAUAUUAUUUUAAAAUGACAAGCACAGAAAAAAACACUCAUGCUCAUUUCACAUUUGACAUGGUGCGCACAUAUGCACGCACACACACACUUGUCCUUUGCUAUCAUAUCUUUGUAGAAAAAUAUUUAAUAUAAAGCUACAAUUAAUAAAAAGAGAAUAUAAAUGUUGAAGAAGCAAGUGGCUCAAGGAAGUCCAUGCUCCAUUUGCACCUGGUGGAAUCCAAAACAUCAGAAGGUUUAAAAUAUAAAUAUAUAAUGGCUUUUUAUAGACAAGAGGCAAAGAGCCCAAAUCUGGAGAGCUUCAUGAGUUGAACCUGAAUGCACUUGUUUUUCAACAUAGAGUUUCUAUGGUCCAUUUUGAUGAUGCUUACUUGUUUUGGAAGCUUCCUCCUUCCUGAUAAGGAAGGGUAUAGGGGAAGCCUAUAUUUAAUUCCUUUACUAAUCUGUACCCAAAAACUGUCAGAAUUUACAGCACAGAUAAUAUGUGUAUGUGGAUUCUCACUGACCAAAAGGAGCCAUCUGCAUAGCCCUUAUUUCUGUGCAUUUGAAGCACAUACAGUCUGUAAUAUCAUUAUGCAUAAUAUUAAUUUGCAAAGAUGAGUGCCAUCUUAUACACUUCCUUUCUUUGUUAAAAUUGAAAUGAUACUGGUAAUCUAAGAGUGGUGUGUUCCAUUGAGAAAUGUUUAUGGCAUUGAAUAAAUGGGUUUCCUAGUUCCAUCCUGAUAUAACCAUGCUUCAUGUAAACAAGGCUAAUGGCUGCUUGGUACAUCACACAGACAGUGUGAUUGCUAUCAAAAGCCACAAGACACUCUUAUCAGAUGGGGACUUUAUGCAGGACUAUAACAUUUGCAAGUGGCUUCCCAUGUGGAUACCCAAAAUGUCAGCACCUCUUCUCCCCCAAAAUCAUGGUGCCAGCCUGGAUACUUUUUGUGGGAUUUUGACAAAUCCUGGAGCCUCUAUGUGGAGCUCUGUCACACAGAAGUGGUUUUUAGUGGGAACUGCACCACUCUGUAAUGUCUGAAGUGGCCCCUUGAUGCCCCCUGUGAUUAUUCGCAAUCCCAGUUCUUGAAACCAGAUUAAAUAUGCCCAUCUGAAGAGAUCAUAUAGAACAUUUGAAAGCAUUACGUUCUUGGGUGUUUAACUUUCUAUUGUGCAAUAUCUACAAAUUGCUCUUCAUUUUAAAAUAGUCACAAACACAGAAGUACUUAGCAGAGCAUAAUGUAAUGGAUAAUAAAAUUUACUGGAUUGUCGGUCUACUUUCACCUUCUGUUUAAAUUUCAGUUAAUACAUAAAUAGUAUAUUGGUCUAUGACCAUAAUAAAGUUCUGUUCUAUUCAUAAAUAGCAUGUUGAAACCAGUCAGUGGCCCCGUUCACACAGUCAUUGGAAUCUAGGUUUGAUGUGGGUUACCAACAUUAGUGUGGUUGUGUUAAACCAAGACAGGAAUCUCAACACAUUCAUCUUGAACCAUAAGCCAUUUUGGCAUGGGUCCACACAAUCACAAUAAUGUUGGAAACCCUGUUAAACCUUAUUUUGAACAACUGUGGAAACCAGGCCAAUGGCAUUUAACAAACUCCAAGGUACAAUCCAGUGUUUUCUGCUAACAAAUGCAAACUUCUGCCAAAGUUUUGACAGUACAAUCAUCCUUUAGUUCGUAAGACUGAGAUCCAAAGAUGGGAUGAGUACAAGGGAAAGUGGUGUGUGUGUGUGUGUGUGUGUGUGUGUGUGUGUGUGUAGCCAGGGUUUCACUUGCUGUCUUGAAGAGGCAAGCUGCUUUUCAGUAUAAACAGCUGCCUUUGUCUUCUGAAGUAGGAACUGCUACCUAAGCUCUGCUGCACAAUUAAGGUUUCAGGUUCAAUCCUGGCAUCCACAGUUGUACAGAUCUGAGGUAGUAGAGCUGAAACAGACUUCUUCCUGAAGUUUUGGAGAACUGGUGCUAGUCGGAGUAGCUGGCAUCAGGUUGCAUACAUUAACUCUCUGUCUGUGAUGCAGUAUAAGGCAGCUUUAUACUGUUACAGUCUCCCUGUUUUCCUGCAUGCUAAGAAACUCAGAGGCAGUGCUGCAGUUUCCUUUCCAUUGAGUAGGAAAAAGCACUUGGAGCAGGGUUUCUCAACGUGUGGGUCCCCAGAUGUUACUGGACUUCAACUCCCAUAAUCCCCAGCCCCAGUGGCCUUUGGUUGGGAAUUAUGGGAGCUGAAGUCCAAUAACAUCUGGGGACCCACACGUUGAGAAACACUGACUUAGAGCAAGAGUAGGCGACCUUGGCUCUCAAGUAGUUUUUGAACUACAACACCCACAGUCCCCAUCUACAAUACAUUGUGGCUGGGAAUGAUGGGAGUUGUAGUUCAACAACAGUUGGAGAGGCAGUGUUGCCUCUCCCCAACUUACGAGCCUUAUGGUGUCUGUAGUUUCUGUUUCUUUAUAAAUGUGCAUUCUGAGCAUAUUGGAAGUAAAAUACUCCCACAGUAGCUGCCAAUAAUAUAUCAGAUCCCCAAAGAGCAGCUGUUGCUGCCCAGUGUUGCUAACUCCAGCAAAAAGUCUUCUGUCUCUGACUGCAUCCCUUUCCAAAUUUUACAGACUUGCUCUUUAAAAAAAGGCUUUACAACUUAGAUAAAUGUGGUGCUGAUCUCCUGGAUUGACCACUGGACUUGCUUUAAGCUCUGCCUAAUAGGAUUCUACUCCCAGGUACCAGAAUUUUUUAUUUCACAAGUUGGCAGUCCUCCUAUUCCAAGGGGUUGUGGCCAUCAAGGGACAGAGCUCUUUGCCUCUGAUCACCCUUCUAGUUAGGCAAAUCUAUAGUGAUAUGCCCAUUCACAAUAAUCUAGAUAGCCAAACUCAUAACCCUAUAUUGAUAUGAAAAAGAACAAGCAAGCUUGGGGUGUAUGCCUAGGUCUUUCCAACACAUGCAUGUCCCUUCUCUUGAUCUAAAUGUUAGAUUGCAAGAAGCCCAAACUCUGGUUCCAUCUGAGUAAAUAAUUUGAGCUAUAUUUUCUUCUGGAACUGCCUACACUAGAACUGGACAAAGGGCUUUCAUGUGCUUUUUGUGUCAGAUAUGUAGAAAUUGCAUAUUGUAUGUAUGAUGUAAUCAAGUUGCAACUGAAACAUUUUAUUUUAUAGAGUUCAUAAGCUAUCUACUGUAUCAUGACAAUUCUGUGUACUUCAGUAUUACAAAGUACAAGUUGCUAAACCAUCAGAAACCAAUUUUUACUCACUGUACUUGGUUAGCAUGAUGUGGAACUCAUCUAUUGGUUUCUGCAGUGUGUUUAUAAAAAAAAAAAUUACCCGCUGUUGUUCGAUGUACAUUUGCUUAAAAGUGCUUAGUCUUCUUGUUAUUUUUGCAAACCUGUACUUUAUUUGGAAGUAUGAAAACAUGAAUGAAACUUUGUUUUCAAAGGGGAGGAAUUUCCUGGAUCAUAUGAUGUAUCAACAUAAUUUGGCUUUUGUUAUGCAAAAAGAUAACACCAGCUAUUAAAAUAUAUUUUAUUAGAAA